CUUCAAAGUACCUUUCUUCUAGUUUCACUAAUUUAAACUAAAAAAAAAAAAAAACAAAACAAUCUAUAGACAAGUCAGAGUGUUUAACAAUCUCUGCUACUUCUCAAUUAAAUCAACCUUCAACUGUUUCAGUUAAUUCUAGUAGUACUGCAAGUUAUUUUGAUUCACAGAAUCUAAUCUCUAAAGCACCAACUUUAACCACAGAUACAUUUGAAAAUCACAAUAUUGAUACUCCUACUACUACUAAUAGUAAUAAUACUAAUAAUAAUAGUAAUAUGGAUAAAUCUGGUUAUUUCAACACAAUCGACAUGAUUCAACGACUCUUAGUGAAUACAACAAAUUCAGAAAUUCUACUAGAUUUAAUCAGAAAGAAUUACACCCUGGAGACUGAGAGAAAAGUUGAUGAAAAACACCUGACACUGUACAAUUUACUUGAAUUGUCAUCAAUGCUACUUACAGACAAAUCAAAUCAUCCGUAUAAUAAUAAUAGUAAUAAUAAUUCAGGAAAUUAUCCUCUGAAUCCAUUAAAUACAAUAGCUGAAAUGACGGGGAUGAAUAAUGUCAGUCAACAAUGUGCGUACAAUCCUAAUACUUCUGUUAAUACUGCUUAUAAUAGUAAUAAUAAUAAUAGUAAUAAUGAUUUACUCAUAUGGUUGCAAAAUUCUGCAUUACCAUUGUCUACUAACACACCAAUGAAUAAAACUGUUAGUCCAGUGAACACAUCAACGAAUCAACCAAUUACUACUUCCGCUUUAUUCAGUAACACUAAUAAUAAUAAUAGUAAUAAUAAUAACAAUUUGAAUCAUUGCAUCACUGACAAUAGUAGUAUAAAUACCCCUGCAAACAAGAUUAGCAACGAAGUCAAAAGUAUAAGUCCCACUAGUAAUAAUAAUAACAAUAAUAAUAAUAUGGUUAAUGCCGGUAAUAAUGACAAUCAUAAUAACCAAUUAGCUUACUUGGUCAAUUUAUUAAAUCUACACAAUCGUCUAUCUGCUGAAUAUCCAGCAUCGAAUUGGUCCAGUGAUCUACAACAGUAUGCAUUGAAUUGUUCACAACAUACUGGUUUAAAUACGUCAACAGGAAUAACAACACCAGCGGCAAUAGUUCCAUGUGAAAAUCGUUUAUUCAAAUCGUCAAGGACUGGUGAUGUUAAAAUGAAUCAUAGUCAAGAGAAUAAAACAGAUGAUCAUUAUAAGGAGACAAAACAUCCUGGGAGCAAUAAUAAUAUUGGUGUACAUAACGAUGAAGAUGAUUAUGCUGAUGAAGAAAUGAGUGAAAGUGAAAGUCUGACUAAGAUGACAGAUUUUAUGUCAUCGAAUGCACGGCUAACUGAAUUCUGGUCGAAUGGAGUCGGUUCAACUUCAGACAGUCAAGCGCCAAAUGAUAUUAUGAAUGACAAUGGUACCGAUGAUAGUAUGGAUUGUAAACCAGAUUUCAAUUCGAAAUCAUUAUCCUUACAAUUUUUACGCCGGAAAAAGAAAACACGUACUGUAUUCUCUAGAAAUCAAGUUUACCGGUUAGAGUCAACAUUUGCUGUGAAACGUUAUCUAUCGAGUUCUGAACGUGUUGGCUUAGCUAGAACAUUACAGUUGACAGAAACCCAAGUGAAAAUAUGGUUUCAAAAUCGGCGUAAUAAAUGGAAACGUCAGAUUGCUAUUGACUAUAAACCAACAAAUAUGGCCGCCUCUGAUGAGCUGAUGUCUUCAAGACAAAGUGGGAUAAUUCUACCACCAGCAGAGACAAAUGAAACCAUGAAGUUGCAAACAUCCACGUAUGAUGUUACUUGUACUACACCUCAACAUCAUGUUACAAGUGCUGGGUGUGAAUUUCCUUUGAAAAAUUUCAUGAAUACAGUAUCAUCAAUUGAAUCAUGGAUGGCGAAUAGUUAUCUUCAAUCGAAUGUUUUAAAUGCAAAUUAUCUUCAAAGUAAUAAUAAUAAUAGUAAUCCACUAUUACCUUUAUGUAAUUUUAAUCUUCCAAAGAAUUAUUUAAAUCCAGACUCCUGCCUUAAUAAUGCAGACGCAAGGAAUCCAGCUUCAAAUGAUUCUGUAAAUCCUACAGAUCUCAGCAUUUCAUCCUGGUAUCAUAACAAGAAUAACAAUAGAAGUGAAGAUAUUGACACAUCGUGUCAUUCAAAACAAUCAUCGCCUUCAUCAUCACCAUCUUUAUUAUCUGUACCAGUUGCAAUGUCUCAAUCAUCUGUGAAUAACACAUCUACUAUUAUUACCUCAACGAUCCAGAAUUCUCCAGUAGACAUCCUACGGACAGCACCGCCACCACCACCAACAACAACAACGGCAGCAGCAUCAACCCUUCCACUGGCGGUAAAUUCAUCAACAAAUUUCGACAGUAGACUGUCUAACACAGAAUCAAUCCUAUCCAAUUUACAUAUGAAUAAAAUUUCCGCAGGAAUUGAUGCUUCAGAUCUCGCCGAUCUUCUUGAAGUACAUCGUCGUAUUCUAAAGGAUAAUAAAGAUCCAAGUAAAAUUAUGGCAGCACUUAAUGCAGUGACAGCAGAUCUGUUAACACGGAUUGCAUAACAAACUUUUCGAUUUUUCAAUUGCAGGUUCAAUUUGCCAAAUUUGAAUGAUCUCUUUAGUCGUGAUAAGAACCUUCAUAGGGUUUUCUGAUAAUUUAUUUCAGUUAUUAUUAUUUUCUUUCUUCUUCAACUGUUUAUAUCUAUCUAUCUAUCUACCUUUAUUCAUAUUCAAUGGUCAUUCAAUGUUCAAUAGUUUUUAGCAUCUAGUCUGUAUCGUAGUAAUUAAUAACUUUUAACUUUUAUCACUGUUCAUGUGUACUUUUAAUUAAUUAAUUAAUUUUCUUUUCUCCUCUCUUAAAUAUAUAUAAUAUUUACAUCUACUUUGAUAUCG